UUCUCAUCACAAUGGAAAGAUAUAAAGAGGCGUUAUUACCCUUGUCCUGCCAGUGUGUCGAGUGCCUGUCCUGGGAAUACUUCUAGAUAUUUGUAUACAUACAAAGUAGUGACAAAACAUAUUGUUUUCCUGCCGCCAAGACGAACAACAAGAAACCUAGCGUAGGAUUUACAGGUACAACGAAGGCAAGCAAUGAUGGCAGAUUACACAGGCAUUUGGUGGCGGGUGAUGGCACUGAUCCUGGCACUGUCAGUUAUGACCUCCGCCCAAAGGACCAAGAGCUGCGACGUGCAGGGAUCCGUCGCCGCCAGUAACAAGGUGGACGUGCACUGUGACUGUAUGCAGCGGCUGACUCAGAUGAACUUGGCCAUCGCUCACCUGACCAUCAACCAGACGUCUUGUUCUAACUCUGGGCUAGAGCUGAGGUGGCCUGACCUGGAGGCUCUGGUGUCUCCUGACACCUUCACCGUCGUCGGCGCCCACAUCUACUUCUCCCAAAGCCAACCCAACACUACGUGGAACUCCAGCAUCUCUAGACUUUAUUUCAUCGAUUCGACAUUCGAAAUGCUGCCAGCUCACGCCUUUAGAGGGAUGGGACUGCUUGAGGAGGUCAAGUUCUUCGGUGGGUCCAUCGUUACAAUCAGGUCAAAUGCUUUUAGUGGACUACAGAAACUUAAGCUUAUUGAGAUUGCUAACAGUACCGUUGAGACGAUCGAACGUGAGGCCUUUAACAAUCUGGAGUCGCUCGAGGACCUGGCCUUCGUGCACACCAGCAUAGGCAUCAUCGAGAGCGAGGCUGUGUCACUGCUAAAGCAAAACAAAGCGGAGGUGCGCUGUGUAACCCUCGGCACGCGUCCCUCUGGCUCUGGCAGCGUCAUCCAGGACCUCAUGGGCCGUCAACUGACCUCCACGGGUAACAUAUCUCUCCCCGAGUACGGCUCGCGCCUCCUACUCCUUAAGAACAAUAUCAAGACCUUAAAAUCCCGCGCUAUAACCUCCGAGACUCUUGGUUUCCUCAUUGUUGGUGGGAAUCACAUCGAGAACGUAGAGUCUCUGGCAUUUUCCAUGGAGCUGUACAACGAGUGUGAGAUCAGUGCUGCGCUUUUUGUCGGUAAUACUUUCAAUUAUCUGGGGAACUCCGCCCUGGCAGGCUUGAAGGGACGUGAUGGGGUAUCUUACCAGACCUUCAUCGCCCUAGCCCAAAAUACUUUCUUGAAUGUGACUCAACAAGGGUUCCUCUUGUCUCAGAACCUCGUAAUUUUCACUGUCGACGAAAAUAAGUUCCGUUGCGUCUGUGAUGGUUUCAACUGGAUCCUUAGCAACCCCGACUCUCAGAACCAACAAGAAUUAGAAAAAGAAUUAGUUUUAAAGGCAACAUGUAUAGAUGGCACUUACCUCAUCUCCUACACUUCGUCCUGCACAGACCACGGAACGGUCACCACUCCAAGCGCUCGCCCACCAGUGAUGGAAACCAGCGGUGCCUCAACUAUGUCCUUCUUCAGUGUCAGCACCAGUGUCAUCACCUUCGUCUUGGCCAGGACACUUAACUGAGGCCGCUGUCACACUUACUCUCAGGUACUUCUCGCGCCUCUACCAAUCAGAAAUUUACGGCAACCAGGAGAGGAGAUUACAGUCCGCCCAGUCAAGAGACCAGUUUAUUCUCAACACUGUCUUGAAGCCUCGUGUUAUGACGCCAGAAUCCGGCGGCCGGACCACAACAUUGAACCACGCCCUCCUUAUUUAUAAGUGAUAUGUAAAAGCGACUAAUAAUAUUUAUAAUGUUGAUUUAUUUAUUUAUACUCUGAUAUUUAUAUUCUUAAUAAAAGUAUGAAAAAAUA